GCCUGCAGCGGAGCGUGCAGGGUCCAGUUCACCCCCAGCAGGUGCGUAAUCUCGGUGGAUGCAGCUGUUCGCUCCGGGACACUCAGAUCAGAUCAGACCGGCAUGUCUCUGUCAGGACGUCCCAACAAGGUGCGGCUGGUGCUCCUCGGAGCGGCGGGGGUCGGCAAGAGCGCGCUCAUCUGCCGCUUCCUCCACAACCGAUUCGAGCACGAGUACAUGCGCACGGUGGAGGAGUUCCACGUGCUGGAGUACAACACCGCGGACUCCGGUAAGAUGCGGCUGGAGAUCCUGGACACCACCGGCAGCUACUCCUUCCCGGCCAUGCGGGAGCUCUGCAUCCGACACAGUGACGCCUUCGCCCUGGUGUACGCGGUGGACGACCCGGGCUCCUUCCAGGAGGUGCGCCGGCUCCGCGAUGAGAUCCUGGAGCUGCGGGGCGGCAAGAGCGCGCCCAUCACCGUGGUCGGCAACAAGUCCGACCUCACCGAGGCCGAGGGUCGAGAGCUGCUGGCGGCUGAUGCCAUGUCCACGGUGGAGGGGGAGUGGGACGCAAACUUCGUGGAGGCGUCCGCGCGCACCGGUGAAAACACGGUGGGGGUGUUCCGCGCGCUGCUGCAGCAGGUGGAGCUGCCGCACCGACUGAGCCCCGCGCUGAGCCGACGCAGAGACACGCUGCCCAGGCCCGCAGUGAAGAGGAAGCCCCCUCUGAAGAAGAACAACAGCUGCGUGCUGUCAUAGAACCGCUCCGUCUGUCCGAUGAAGGACUCUGCAGCUGGACUGCUCGUGUCCAGAUGUUGCUGCUGGUCAUCACCUGGAGGCCACAAGAACUCAUGAAACUCUCUUGAGUCUGGACAGUCAUGGUCGCGUGCUCACAUGUCAUGCACUUUAUGUGUUCUGUGUAUAAAUUUACAGUUGUGUCAAUAAAAACUACUUUUGUGA